UCGCCAUAUCAAAAAAAACUUCCUAACUAUUUAACCAAACAAUCCCAAGUCUCAAGACUCACAAGUCACAACUCAACACAAAAUCAAAGUGGGCGAUGCAAACGAAGUAACCAACGAAAAUGGUCUCAAAAUAAAUCCAAGCACCAACGACAUUGUUAUUCUUGUUGUAGUUUCAAACCUGUAAACACUCCUACACUUACCUUCUUCUCCUCGAUUUCUCCGCCACUUUUCUCUCUCCUCCAUCUUUCUGCCAUUACCAAAUUCCAAUGGCUGCUACCAUUCAAUCACUGGGCGCUCCGUCAUCUUUCUCUACCGCCAAUUCGAUUGAAUCCAAGAAAUUUCAUGGAAAAAAGGUUGGCUUUGUGGUGGUAAGAUCUGACCUCCGUUUGAAAUGUGGAUCGAUGCCGGGCCGUUGCCGGACUGGGAAUCUGGUCACACAAGCUGUUGCUAGUCCAGCAGCCCCUACUGCAUCUUCGAAAACUGGGCAUGAGGUGUUGCUCUUCGAAGCACUGCGUGAAGGUCUUGAUGAGGAAAUGGAAAGGGAUGCCAAUGUAUGUGUGAUGGGUGAAGAUGUGGGUCACUAUGGUGGAUCUUAUAAAGUGACAAAAGGACUUGCCCCCAAAUAUGGCGAUCUAAGAGUUCUUGAUACACCAAUUGCUGAAAAUUCCUUCACGGGAAUGGCCAUUGGAGCUGCCAUGACUGGUCUAAGGCCUGUUAUCGAAGGAAUGAACAUGGGAUUCCUUUUGUUGGCAUUCAACCAAAUCUCAAACAACUGUGGUAUGUUGCAUUACACUUCUGGCGGACAAUUUAAAAUCCCUGUUGUCAUUCGCGGGCCUGGUGGUGUUGGAAGGCAGCUUGGAGCUGAGCAUUCACAACGUCUGGAGUCCUACUUUCAAUCAAUUCCUGGUAUCCAAAUGGUUGCAUGCUCUACCCCUUACAAUGCCAAAGGAUUGAUGAAAGCCGCAAUUAGGAGUGAGAACCCUGUUAUUCUUUUUGAGCAUGUACUGCUUUACAACCUAAAGGAGACGAUUCCAGAUGAAGAAUAUGUUUUAUCACUUGAAGAAGCGGAGAUGGUAAGGCCUGGAGAGCAUAUUACAAUAUUGACCUAUUCACGCAUGAGAUACCAUGUUAUGCAGGCAGCCAAGACAUUGGUAAACAAAGGAUAUGACCCUGAGGUGAUUGAUAUCCGUUCUCUAAAACCCUUUGAUUUGCACAUGAUUGGUAACUCAAUUAAGAAGACCCACAGAGUGCUGAUCGUGGAAGAGUGCAUGAGAACAGGUGGUAUCGGUGCCAGUUUGACGGCUGCUAUUAAUGAAAACUUCCAUGAUUAUUUGGAUGCCCCUGUCGUAUGUUUGUCAUCUCAAGAUGUGCCUACUCCCUAUGCUGGGACUUUGGAAGAAUGGACAGUGGUUCAACCUGCUCAAAUUGUUACUGCAGUUGAGCACCUAUGCAGGUAGGAGGGGAUCAUUCAGUCCAACUUUCUCAAUCCCCCCCUCAACUUAUGUCUACAUUGCUUUUGCAUUGGAAUUGUUUAUGUAUUUUACUAGUUACCAAAUUCAUGUCUUUGAAUAUUGCUGAUAAAGCUAAUUCAGCUCAGUUUAUCGGUGAUUACGUUAGCUACUUUGUUGUCUGCAAGACUGCAAUGAACUUACAGUGCCCGCGGUUUGAAAUUUUUAGGGUUUUUUUGAGUUGGAAAUGUUCUUAAAGACUAAAUGUUUUGGAAGCAUCUUAUAGAAAGGGACAGAUUUGGCUUGUUUCUUAUCA